CCUGACAUCAAGAAGAUGGAGGAAAAGGAUGGAGCAGAAUCUGCAGCAUCCAGCUGUGUGUCUGUGAGGAGUGACCGGUCCAAAGGAAUACCUCCAGACUUCAGUAAUGAACCUGCAGCAACAAUAGCUUCUGCACAGUGUGGAGAAAGAUCCAGAAGCAGAGCUGGACUGCAGACAGCCAGUCAGAGCAGCUGUGUACAAACAGAUGUUGGUCUGCAGGAGGUUUUAGAUGAACAUAAGAUCAGUCUGAGGAGGAGAUGUGAACGUGUGACUGAAGGAAGUGAUGAAACAGGAAGUAGAACCCUCCUCAACAGGAUCUACACUGAGCUCUACAUCACAGAGGGACAGAGUGAAGAGGUUCAUACCCAACAUGAGGUGAGGCAGCUGGAGACAGCUUCCAAGAUGGACGCCCUACAUGACGCUCCAAUCAGGUGCCAGGACAUCUUUAAAGCCUUCCCUGACCAACAGAGACCCAUCAGAGUGGUUCUGACCAACGGCGUGGCUGGUGUUGGAAAAACCUUCUCAGUGCAGAAGUUCACUCUGGACUGGGCAGAGGGCUUGGAGAACCAACAUGUCAGUGUGGUGGUUCUGCUUUCAUUCAGGGAGCUGAACCUGAUCAGAGAUGAGCAGUACAGUCUUCUGGAGCUGCUCCAUGUUUUCCAUCCAACAUUACAGAAGGUCACAGCAGAGAAGCUGGCUGUCUCUCAGCUUUUGUUCAUCUUUGACGGCCUGGAUGAAAGCAGACUUUCAUUGGAUUUCACCAACAGGAAGCUGCUGUCUGAUGUCACACAGAAGUCAUCAGUCAGCCAGCUGCUGACAAACCUCAUCCAGGGGAAUCUGCUUCCCUCGGCUCUCGUCUGGAUAACUUCCCGACCCGCAGCAGCCAAUCAGAUCCCUCCUACAUGUGUUGACAGGCUAACAGAAGUACGAGGCUUCACUGACGCCCAGAAGGAGGAGUACUUCAGGAGGAGAUUCAGUGAUGAAGAGCUGUCCAGCAGAAUCAUCUCCCACAUGAAGACAUCCAGGAGCCUCCACAUCAUGUGUAGUAUCCCAGUCUUCUGCUGGAUCACUGCUACAGUUCUGGAGCACAUGUUGACUACAGAGCAGAGAGGAGAGCUGCCCAAGACCCUGACUGACAUGUACUCACACUUCCUGCUGGUUCAGACAAAGAGGAAGAAGAACAAGUACCAUGAGGGACAUGAGACGAGUCCACAGGAGCUGACAAAGGCUGACAGGAAAGUUCUUCUGAAGCUGGGGAGGCUGGCGUUUGAACAUCUGGAGAAAGGAAACAUCAUGUUCUACCAAGAAGACCUGGAGCAGUGUGGUCUGGAUGUGACAGAGGCCUCGGUGUACUCAGGAGUUUGUACAGAGAUCUUCAAAAGAGAGUGUGUGAUCUUCCAGGAACCAGUCUACUGCUUUGUUCAUCUGAGCAUUCAGGAGUUUCUGGCUGCUGUCUACAUGUUCCACUGUCACACCAACAAGAAGACAGAGGUGGUAGAAGGUUUUCUAAGGAAUUUCCGAGAAGAAUACAAAAACAGAUCUGUUUUUAAGAACAUGUUCAAGUCUUAUAGCUUCACAUCAAUGGAUGUCUUUUUGACUAAAGUCAUGGAGAAAUCCCUCCAGAGUAAAAAUGGCCACCUGGACCUGUUUGUUCGCUUCCUUCAUGGCCUCUGUCUGGAGUCCAACCAGAGACUCUUAGUAGGUCUGCUGGGUCAGACAGAGAAUGGUCCAGGAACCAUCCAGAGAGUCAUCAACAACCUGAAGGAGAUGAACAGUGAUGAAAUCUCUCCUGACAGAAGCAUCAACAUCUUCCACUGUCUGAUGGAGAUGAACGACCUCUCAGUACAUCAGGAGAUCCAAGAGUUCCUGAAGUCAGAGAACAGAUUAGAGAAGGAACUCUCUGAGAUCCAGUGCUCAGCUCUGGCCUUCAUGCUGCAGAUGUCAGAGGAGGUUCUGGAUGAGUUGGACCUGCAGAAGUACAACACAUCAGAGCGGGGACGACAGAGACUGAUUGCAGCUGUGAGGAACUGCAGAAAGGCUGGGUGA